AUGAAUGAGAAAAAGUCCUGCCCUCAAGCUGCUCCCCAGGCCACUGGGAGACACCAGCGCAAGGGAAAGAUCAGUGUCACCAACCAGAGCGCAGGAUGGAAAAUGCCCCUCCUCCUCACCCUGUGUCUGCUGCAAGCUGCAAAUGCUUUGAAAGGCCCAAGGCUGGUCUCUGGGGAGCCUGGGGGAGCUGUCGACAUCAAGUGUCAUUAUACCUCCACUUCUGUCAACAGGCACCAGAGAAAGUACUGGUGCCGCUUGCGUCCCCCAAAGUGGAUCUGCCACACCAUUGUGUCCACCAACCACUACACUCACCUUCGCUACCAUGGCCGCGUGGCUCUAGAAGACUUCCCACAGAGCAGCUUGUUUGUGGUGAGGCUGUUUCAACUGUCCCCAGCUGAUGAAGGGUACUACCGCUGUGGCAUUGGAAACAGAAAUGACAUGUUUUACUUCAGUGUGAAUCUGACCGUCUCUGCAGGUCCUUCCAGCACCAUCACCACAGCCACUCCAGCUGCUAGCAAGCUUAUCACGAGGUCCUUGGCAACAGCAUCUCCAGUGGCCAACAGAUGGACCCCAGGAACCACUAGGACUAUAGAAGGGCAGGGGACAGGAUGGGACAGAGUUGUAGUGACUCCAGGAACCAGCAAAACAACAGCUUCAGCUAAGGGAGGACACACCCCAGGAAUAAUAAGGGCAGUAGCUCCCAGGACAGGCAGCUGGGUAGAAGGGUCUAUCAGAGCAACAGUUCUCAGCCCAGAGAGUAGGGCUUCAAAACUUACAGUCACGUUAAAUACAACAGAAGACGUUUGGGUGUGGGGCACCACAAGCUCAGUAGCAAACAAGGCUAGGGUGAGCGAGGAAGCGAGGAAGACAACUCCCAAGGUUGAUGGGCCAACAGAGGAAACAAGGAGGGUCACACUAGCCCCAGAUGCAACCCGGAAUGUCACAGGAAUCAUUAGGCCAUCAGCCCUGGUCUCAGAAAAAUGGGCCUGGGAAACCCUUCGAAAAGCAACAUCAGUUUCUAAGCAACCAGCUCUGGGCUCCACUGAAGAAACAACCCCAGCUGCAGAUGUGUGGACCUUGGGAACCACCAGCAUAGAGAUGGCAACUGAAGAGGGAAGCACUGAAGGGGACUUGGCGUCCACUGCAAACCGUGGUCCCCAAGCAACGUCGAGCCAGGUCCCAGCAGCAGGGCGCCUGAGACUUCAUGACAAGGGGUCUUCCGUGAAGAGUUCUCUUCCAGAAGAGAAGAGUGUCUCUCAGGUCCUGCCUCCGGUCUCCACAGUGCUGCCCCUGGUUGUGCUUCUGGCUCUUGCUCUACUACAAAGGAAGCUCUGGAGAAAGAAGUUCUCUCAGGAGGCAGAAAAGGCAACAUGGGUCACCCUGAUCCAGAUGCUACGUUUCUGGGAGUCAAGCUCCUCACCUGACCAGCUGCCCCACAUGGAAAGGAAGAUGCUGCAGGAUGGCUCAUGUCAUACCCGUGUCAGCCUGCCCAUCGCGGCGAGGGACCCCAGGCCCUGA